GAGGCUGUUUCACAACAUUAAACAAGAUGGACGGGCCACUGGACGUUGACAAAAUAUGGAUAUCUUUGGGAACCUUUGGAAAAUACCAGCGAAUUCAGCUGACAGUCAUCCUAAUUGGCAUUAUACCUUUAGCAUUCCAUUUACUUUCGACGGUUUUUAUUGCCUACCGGCCACCUUUCUACUGCAACGAUACCACUGUUGAUAUGAUAUUUGGAGAUGACACCCACAUGCAUGACAACGCUUCUUACACGUUUGUCUACAACAAAUGUUCCAUUGAUGUAUAUACUGAUUCAGCAAAUUCAACGCUUAUAAAGUCUACUGGAUGUGUUUCUGGAUACUCGUAUCCGGUGCCAAAAGACAGGACUCUUGUCACAGAGUGGGACCUUGUCUGUGACAGAGCAGAACUGUCCGAGUUCUCCCAAACCCUGGUCAUCCUUGGUCAAGCUUUCGGUGCAGCCAUAUUCACAUCUCUUGCUGACCGAUUCGGGCGCAGAAAAGUCCAUAUAUUUGGCCAUAUAUCUUUAUUUUCUGUUUCCUUCGCGAUCGCUUGGGCGCCUAACUAUACAGUCUUUGCUGUGUUGAGAUUCUUCUUGGGUGCUGUACAGCAGGGCUCUGGACUUACAAUGGCAAUUCUUUCCUUAGAGAUUUUACCCCUGAAGGCACGAUACAUAGGCGAGUGUCUCGGAUUAGUUUUCUGGACAACUGGUGUCAACCUAUUAUCUCCCUUAGGAUACCUCUUCAAGAAUUUGUCAUGGCGAUAUCUCCAAAUGACCCUCGCUUUAUUCUCAUGUUAUAGCCUUGUGGAAUAUUGGAUAAUGGACGAAUCUGUCAGAUGGCUGUUAGCAAACGGAAAAAUAAAACAGGCAGAACGAAAUAUUCGAAAGGCAGCAAAAAUGAACGGAAAAGAUUUCGACGAAGUCAUCAAAGCAGCCACAAUUAGAGACUCGAAGGAAAUGGAAGUUUUAGUUCCAGUAAAUAAUACUCUACCUUCAAAGAAGGAAGAUGACAUUUACACCAAUCAGAAUGGUGCUGAACAUAUUGGAACCAAUGAUUCUUCAAAGGAAGAUGACAUUACGGAUGACGUAGAAUUGAACCACAGAGAAAAACCAACGGGCGUAACUGCAACUGUAAAGCGUUAUAAUAUUACCACGAUAUUUCGUCAUAAAAUUAUCUUGUUUAAUUCCUUGAUUUUAUGGUACAUGUGGCUGGUCAACAGUUUGGUAUACUACGCCCUAUCUUUGACGUCGUCAGCAUUGUCAGGUGACCGUUUCGUUAACUACUUCCUGAUAGCCAUAGUAGAAUACCCAGCUGCCUUGAUGGAAUUUCUCCUCAUUAAUAGAAUUGGCAGACGUAAAACGUGUAUACUGUUUCACGUAAUAGCCGGGAUAGCCCUAGCAGUUUCAACAGUGUGCAAGUCACUGUCAGAUGGAGCUGGUACUCUAGGGGCAGUGUCGUUGGUAUUCAACCUCGUCGGCAAGUUUGGAAUUACAGGAUCGUUUAGUACUAUAUUUCUGUAUACACCAGAACUGUACCCAACGAACCUCAGAAAUGCUGGAAUUGGAUUUUCCUCGUGCGUAGCAAGAGCGGGGGGAAUGUUGGCACCCUUUGCUGGUCCCUUGAUGGAUUACAUUACGUGGGGUCCCGGCGCUAUAUCUGCUGCCAUGUGUUUGCUUGCUGUCUAUCUACUUACCUUUCUCCCCGAAACCGCAGGAUACGAACUUCCCACGACAAUAGAGGAACUAAAGACUUGGUACAAGGAACAUGCCGGGGACAAAAAGCCAAACCCGUAGAUGAGGAAAAUACCUAUUUGUAAAUCUGCCAGUUGACCCUUAGUGUAAUCAAUUGAUUUAUGAACAUUCGUUUGAUUGUUAUUUUUAAAAUAGAAUGAUUCAAUUUUAUAGAAAAAAAGGUUCAUUGAAAAAUAUUACCCAGAAUUUGUAAUUAUUUGUAAUUUUUCCAGGAAAUAAUUUUCUAUUCGUAAAUCUUAGAUUUCAUAAGCUUUGCGAAUAUAAAUAAAAUAUGAAAACAUGUUUUAAUAACACAUUGUUUUGAUAUUCUGCAUAUAAACACACAAAACACAAAGGUAAGGAGACACACUCAAUAUCUGGAAAACUGUCAAUUUUAUUGUCAAAUGUAUAACCAAAUUUAUUUUCAUGAAAUUUGUGUAAAUCAUAUAACCAAAAUUCAGUCAAAUUAAGUUAAGGAAUGACCAAGAUUUUGUUUUGGUAUAUACGGUAUAUA